UGUUUUUGCAUUUUUCAUUCUUAAUUGUCAAAUAUUUAAUGAUCGUGAGCGAAGAUCAGCACUCUAGCGAUAACAAUUAUUUGGAAGAUUUUUGUUUAGAGGUGUGAAUUAUUAGGCGAAAGGGGGAAGAGGAUUAAAAAAGGAAGGGAAUAUCUGGUUGUCGUUUGAAAAUAUUUGUGGGACAGUUGGGUGGUUGUUUGAUAAAGUAAAGAACGCAUCGGCAGAAGAAGGCGUGAACUGAGAGGGGCGUUUCUCUGGCGUGGGCGUAUCAUUGGAUAAUGAAACAAACCCCGUGGGGCUUCACUACUUUUUUCUUCAAUGUGUUUGACGAAAAGUAAAGGCCAAGAAAACGCAGCCCGCCUGGUUCUUCACUUCUUCCUCUCUCUUCCUUCAAUUCAUUGAGACCCCAUUCCAUUUUUAAGGCAGGCAAAAAGGAGUGUUUCAAAAUUUUAACAGAUAAUAAAGUAGACACUGACACACCCAACAAAAGCAGCGGCAGCAGGGGGCCAAAACUGAACCAAAUCCUUGCUCUCUCUCUCUCUCUCUCUCUCUCUUCUUCUUCUUCUUCUUCUUCUUCUUCUUCUUCUUCUCUGAUCCUCUGCGAGGAGUCUGAGGACUGUCUUUUAAAAACCGCACAUCCCAAAACCAAAAUCCCCAAAUGGGCUUUGCGAGAAAAGGACUUUUUUGAAACAGGGGCACUAUGAAAUUGGGCAGAGAUGCUAAAGCGAUCCAUUCGGCGGAUUUGUUGGUGUGUUUUCCUUCUCGAUCGAAUCUGACUUUAAUGCCGAAGCCGCUUUGUAGUCCAGCGAGGGGAUUGGAUUCCAACAAGCUCCGCCGCAGCCACCGCCACCACCAUCGCCGGAGGAAAUCGACCUCCGCCGCCAGUCCGCUGAUAUGGGCGAAACCCAAGACAAUGGGGUCCGAGAUAUCGGAGCCGUCGUCCCCGAAAGUGACGUGUGCUGGGCAGAUAAAGAUCAGGCCCAAGACCGGCUCCUGCAAGAGCUGGCAAUCGGUGAUGGAAGAGAUUGAGAGAAUUCACAACAGGAGGAAAUUACGGAGGAGGAGGUCUAAUUGGGUCGAGUCUUUGGGGUUCAAGAAAGAUAUAAUGCAAUUCUUGACGUGUUUACGGAACAUCCGGUUUGAUUUUCGGUGUUUCAAAGCUUUCCCAGAAGCAGAUUUCACUACGGAAGAAGAAGAUGAAGAGGAGGAGGAAGAAGAGGAGGGAAAAUCUCAGGAAAAUCAAGUGGGAGUUGAGGGAAAUGAAAGCUCCAGAACUGCAUUUUCUAAAUGGUUUAUGGUUUUACAGGAAAGUGGGGCUAGUAAUGGGAUUUGCAGAGAAAGCAAUGGCCCGCCAUUGGCACCUCCCAAGAAUGCUCUUUUGCUAAUGCGAUGCAGGUCUGCUCCAGCAAAGAGUUGGCAGGAGGAAGAAGAAGAAGAAGAAGAAGAAGAAGAAGAAGAAGAAGAAGAAGAAGAAGAAGCAGCAGCAGAAGAAGAUGAAAAGGAAGUGAAGGUGAAGAAGAGCUUGAAAUGGCUAAUGGAGGAAGAGAACAGAGAGAGAUUGGUUAUGGAAAUGGGGCCUGAUUUCUGCAGAAUGUCAUCGGAGAUUGCAAAGGAGACAUGGGUUGGCAGGGAUUUGUUUUCAAGGAGUCGGAGUUGGAAGGCUUGAUUAUCUCUGAAUUCUGAUAUCCUACAUUUUCCUUUUCAUGCUUUGAAUAUUUUUCAAAUUCUGGAGUCUGAAUCUUUUUUGAAUCUUCGAGUAUUAAUGGUUUUGGUUGUAUGUUGUUGUACAGUUACUUUAUAAUUUGGUUGGAGAGGAUUUGGGUGUCGUGUUUAAGUAUGAGACACGCAUAAACUCAAAUAUAAUAGAUUGGUUUGUCAAUCUCUCAAGUGUUCGUUCAAUACCAAAUAAUGAAAUCUAAUUAAGGGAUUUCUUUCUUUA